AUAGACAAUAAUAAGAGUAGAGGCCGUGAGGGGCAGUGCGGCGGCGCCAUAUUGCGUGUUGUUGUCAUGAUGAGGGAGUGUGGAGUUACCAACGACUAGGAUUUGUUACCGCCAUGGCUGUCGACUUUUGUGACUAUUUCUGGGGAGAAGAACACAAUGGGUGGAAUGUUUUGUAUCAAAAUAUGAAGCAGGGUCAAACUGCUAGUAAAGAGUUGGCAGAAUUUUUCAAAGAAAGAUGGUCAAUAGAUGAGACAUACUCAAAGUCACUGGUAAAAUUAGCAAACAAAGCAAAUAGCAAUACAGAGAAAGGAACCUGCGCUCCGAUAUUUGGGGUUUUACGGCAGUCAUCAGAAAAGCUUUCCACAAUUCACUCAACCACCGUCCAGCGAGUUCAGGAGUUAGUCAAGGAAGUAGUCAAGUAUAACGAUGAGCUGCACAAGAAACAUAAAGUGGUGAAAGAUGAAGAAAGCCAAACAGAGGAAAUUGUGAAAAGCAUCCAGGCAACCAGUGGUUUGGCACAAAAAGCAAAAGAAACAUAUGGCCAAAGAUGCCAGGACCUAGAGAAAGUGCGUCGAGAUGGUGCCUCUCCUAAAGAACUGGAAAAAGCUGAAGCCAAGCUGAAGAAAGCUCAUGAUGAAUACCGCAGUCUUGUGGACAAGUAUAACAACAUUCGAGAGGAAUUUGAGAAGAGGAUGACAACAUCUUGUAUGAAUUUUCAAUCUGUGGAAGAGACACAUUUAGCACAAAUGUUAAAGUUUGUGAAAACUUACAUAGGUGUGCUCCAGAGCAAUCAUGAAGCCAUGGGACAGGUUCAUCAAGAUCUUCUAAAUCAAUAUUCCAAGUAUUCUGUUGAAAAAUUGUUGGAUAUGUUUGCACUUUCAAAGCAUACUGGACUAGAAAAACCAAAUGCAAUGGUAUUUGAGGAGUCAGAAUCAAUAGGGUCAGGUGUGUCUGGGCAGCAGUCUCCAGAACCUGCCGACCAGUCCAAGGCAUCCGUGGAAGACACAGGAGGCAGUGGAGGAGGCUCAGCAGGAGGCGUCCUAGCGGGAGGUUCUGUAGUCGUCACAAAGCCUGGUCGCAGUGAGCGUGAGUGGUCUGCCCCUCCCAGCUGUGACUCAGGUGGGGGGGAAGAUAGCCAGGAUGGGGAUGUAGGUGAAAGGGACACUGAGAGCCUGCCCCCAUCUCCAGCUAAGGCUUCCCCAGCCCGUGUGACUAGUGCCCCCACCAGCCCCACGGCAACAGAUGAUUCAAGCCUGGGUCGCACUGUAUUCCGCUCAUCAAAGUUGUCGUUACCAGGAGGAACACCAGUAUUAUCUUUUGGGUUCCUGAGAAGUAGACGAGACAAGAAAAUCAAGGAGAAGAAAGUUAAGAAAAAGAAAGAUGCAGAUUCAUCAAGUAACAAAGAAGAGAAAUCUGACAAUGAAGGCAAUGAUGAUUCUGGAGCAAAGACAAGUGAUGCAGCAACAGUGCCAGUGACAUCUGCCUCUGAUAAGGGGAGCAUCAGUGGCCAGACUCUAAAUGUAGAUGAGGAAGGAUUCUCAGUACGUCCUCAGGAAUCAAAAGCAGCUGGUGAAGAUAAUAGCUUUGAUUCAUCUUCAGACACAGACUCAGAUGCAGAACCGGAGAAAAAAAUUCACGUGGAGAUCAAGCCGAUCAGUAAUGGGAAUGCCCCAAUGUCUCCCAGUGUUGAUGAGCUGCGUGCCACCAUUGAAGGAAUAUCCCUGUCUCCUGCUUCAUACCCUUCAAUAACCUCGGAAGGAAAGAGCAAGAUCAGGUACCUAACCUUACAGAAGACUAGAAGAACAUCAACAGAUACAUCAGAUUCAUUUUAUAUGAAGCGCUCCUAUAGCAUAACUCAGCCGUCAAGCAAUAAGUCUAGCUCUGUAGACCUGCUUGGUUUGAAUCUCAACUUUGGCAACAGUGAAAGCCCCAGAAAUACACCAGGGAACACUGCAGGCUGUGAAUCAUCUUUCAAUCGACCAAUAUCUCCUGUGUCUAAAGGCGUCUCAUCCCCAGCUCCCUCCAUCACCUCUGUCACCUCUCCCAUUCUAGCUCCACCCCCUCGUGCUGAUAGAUAUGCAGAACUCAGUGAUAUCCUGAAUGAAACUGAACCAGAAACUCCUCCAGCCUUGCCACCCAGGACUGGGGGAGGCUCCUCCAGUCGGGGAUCAACUCCUACGCCAACCAUGGCUAUUCCAAGACCUCCCUCACGGAAAUCCAUUGAAGACAACAGGGCAGAUGAUGAUCUUGCAGUAAUGUUUCUUGCCAAGAUUGAAAAAAGAAAAGAAAAGAAAAAAAAUCACAUGGGUCCAGCACGAGGUCGCCAGAGUCCCUCCACUGUACUACCCCGAGCUGAGUCCGUCUCCAGUCUGGAGUUCCGAACCUCAGGCAUGAUGGGCACCUCUCGUGGUCCUUCACCCCUCACCAUAGGCUUGUCUGAUACAAUACCUCUUGCUGUUGCAUUUCAAGAACUCUGCCAUGCUUACUUUAGGGGAACUGAUGAAUCUAGGUGCCAGGUAAAGGUGACGGGGGAGAUGAUGGUGUCGUUUCCUGCUGGCAUUGUUGGUGUUCUGGCCAAUAAUCCAUCACCAGCUCAGCUCUCCUUCAAGGUCAACAAUAUAGCUAAAAUCACAAAUGUGCUGCCCAACAAGCAACUAAUAACAAUGGAUGAAGAACAAUCAACUUCAGACUAUGGAAUAUUCAAUUUCAACAUGAAUGCACUUACAUCACUUCUUAGAAAACAAGCCGAAGGCAACCCUUCUGCAUCUUACUUCAAUGUUGACAUGAUCAAAUAUCAGGUGAACACACUAAAUGGAGCAACUUCUUCACCACUCCAGUUAGUUUCAUACUGGAAGUGUGAAGAUAACCACACUGACCUUCGUAUAGAUUACAAGUACAAUCCUCAUGCUAUUGCUUCCCCGUCUCCCUUGCUGAAUGUAAAUGUUAUGGUUCCCGUGGAUGGUAUUGUAAAAAACAUGCAAUCCAAACCUCAAGGUCAAUGGUUAAAAGACCAGCAAAGAGCAGUAUGGAAACUAACAGAACUGUCCCAGCACUCAACCAACAGUGGUGUUGGUUCUUUAAGGGGAAAGUUUGAGGUGGCUGCAGGUCCAUCCACACCAGCCACUGUCUCCACACAGUUCAAUUGUGAAGGCACAACAAUAUCAGGCUUGGAAUUCAAUCUUCUUGGCUCAGGGUAUCGAGUUUCACUUGUGAAGAAGAGAUUUGUUUCAGGCAAGUACAUAUGUGAUGCAGAUGCUGUGUUAAGAUUACGGUAUGGCUCAAUACCCAGCUAGUAUUAGGUAUUGUAUAUUAAUUUUCUAUACAGCCAGUGUAAAACAAUUUUUAAAAGAUAUAUAUUUAUUUAUUUUAUUAUUUUUUUUUCUUUUGCCAGAAUACAGGACCUGAACAAACUGCAUGUUCUUAGAUAAAAAUACAUACAGUGUUCACAAAAUGAAACAUAGUGUGCAACCUAUUUUCUACAUCAUACUCCUUAUUCUAUUAUACUAUCAAUUUUUGUUGAUGUUAUCUUCUAAAUUGUUUUGAAUUUAGGAAUUGUUACAAAACCUGAAACAAAAACUGUCUUGAGUCAUUUCUUUGUUGACCACUGGAAAGUGUAUUGUUCUCAGGUUUUUGAAGAUGAAAAAGUGGAGUGAAGUGGUUGUUACAAUAUUUAUAGUUUAAUGUUUGAUUAAUAGUGAAGAAGAAAUGAAGAUAUCCUUCAAUUGUUGAGUAGAAAUUGUAGUUUCACUACACUUCUGACUAUACUGAACACCUCUAGUGGGACUAGAAAAAUGGAUCUAGAGGCACUGCCAGUAUUUUGGCUGUUGAACUUUUGGUAGCAGCAAAAAAAUAACAUAUAUGAUUCAUAUGUGUGAAUAUAUAUAUAUAUAUAUAUAUAUAUAUAUAUAUAUAUAUAUAUAUAUAUAUAUAUAUAUAUAUAUAUAUACACACACACAUUAUAUUAUAUUUUCCUUUCAUAGAGAGGACUAAGAUUCCAAAGAUAUUUUAAUUUACAUGUCUGUUGACGAAUUUCAUUAUCAUGCAUUGUAUUUAUAAGUCUUAAUAUUUAUUGAUUUUGUUUUCAUUCAAGUAUAUUUUUAUUAAGUGAUGUUUUUUUCCUAAUUUGAAUGCAAAAAACAACAUUAAUGAUUUUUCAUUGAUGACCUAUAUAAUUACUUUGUUAGGAAUAAUAUAAAACAAUUGAUUUCUUAGUCUGUUUACUGUGAUUUUUUCAGAUUACCUUCCAGUGGUAUCAUAGUAUGCUCAGUAUUUCAUUGUUGAUUUACAUAUGCCAUGGAAUCCACAAUUCUAUAGCUAGGGCCAAAUAUGUUCCAUGAAAUUAUAUAUAUAUAUAUAUAUAUAUAUAUAUAUAUAUAUAUAUAUAUAUAUAUAUAUAUAUAUAUAUAUAUAUAUAUAUGUCAGUAAAUAAUGGUGUAACACGUUCACAGUCCACUACAGCUCAUUUUAUUCUUUGAGGGCAAGACGCGUGUCUUUGUUAUGGUGCAGAUUUCUAUUUCUAAUAUAAAGCAAGGAGUUGACUACAAGUAGUUUAGUUUGAAAAAAGAAGCAGCUGCUCGGCUAUUAUAAGGAGGUGCCUUUUGUAAGGUGUAAUAAUAUCAAGACAUUGUGAAGGCACUCAGGGUAUGCAUUUGAUGCAGUGAUGGUGCCAGAUUGGAAGGCAAAGGACAUGCAAGGUUGCCAUUUUGUGUAGUAAUUAAUAUUUUUCUUAUUAUCAUUAUUAUUGUUAUUAUUAUUUAUUUUAUUUAUUUAUUUUUUUUUUAUUAUUAUGUUUCUCACUGAAAUACUGUAUAUGUGAACAUGAAUUGUAUCCUACUUAGUUUAUAUGAAUGCUUACACGGGUCGACCAUCACUAAUCUGGCAAUCACAAAUCAGGCUCCAUCACUUAUCCAGCCUUAAUUUUGGCUAGUGUAAUUUCAAAUUUCCUGGAUUGCCACACCAACCUGCUACCACUUGUGCUUGUUAGAAAAAUGCUAAAAUACAUUAUUAUUAUUAUUAUUAUUAUUAUUAUUAUUAUUAUUAUUAUUAUUAUUAUUAUUAUUAUUAUUAUUAUUAUUAUUAUUUUUACAAUUUUUUUUUAUACAGAGUUAGAAAAAAAAUUGAGGAAGCAGUGAAAUGGUGGAACAAAAACAAUACAAGAAUAACAGAAGUAUUAUAAAACAAAACAGGUCACAAGAAGAAACUACUUGCAGUAUAAACAGCUGGCAUCAUUUCCAUAUACAGAGAAGCCAUUCCAAUUAAUUUUUUUGCAUCUGUUAUUAAACCUGCUCAGUUUUAGCUCCAGCCAUGACCCCAGUGGACAAAGGAAAUGCUUCUCAUCGUAUAAAGCAUAAACACUGUGCAUUAUUUAUAAAAGGUAUGCUUGAACUUCAGAAAAAAACUUGACAGCAGUGUGUUUGUUUGAAGCUUGUGUGAAUUAUACAGCAUUGGGUCUUUGACAGUUUAUGACAUAAAGAAACAGAAAGAAGAAUGGGUCAGUUUCUUUUGCUAAUAGUAUUGGCUGCUCCAAUACUGUCAGUAUCGGUACAGCUGAUACUGUUAAUAAAAGAAACUGACCCAUUUUUCUUUGUUUCUUUUUCAGAAGUUCAACCAUAUCUUUUAUGGAUAAUGUACAGUGUUUGUGCUUUAUGCAAAAAAGAAGCAUUUCCUUUAUUCACUAGAGCCAUGGCUGGAGCUAAAACUGAUCAGGUUUAAUAAUAAAUGAAGGAAAACAAACUGGAAUAGCUUCCCUGUUUUUGGAAGUGAUGCCAGCUGUUUAUAUAACUUAUUUUUUUUGUGACCUGUUUCAUUUUGAAGUGGUUCUUAGGUCAUCCACUCCCUGCUUCCGUUAUUCUUGUACUGCUUCUGUAUAGGCAGAAAAAGUGUUAUUGGUAUGGCCCCACUCAUUAAUCAACUUGUAAUGACUGAUGGGGUAUUUCAAAGGUAGGAUGAGGUGAUUAACUGUUGCGUUAAGUGUAUUCUUAACUAACCUCUUUGUAAUUUGGCAAAAUCUCUAAUUCGGCACCCUACAAGUCCCAGUUAUGCUGGAUUAAUGAUGGGCGACUUGUAUGUCUUAGAAUGGUAUGAAAUAUACUUAUCAUCAUUCACUUAGUAUAAACCAUGAAUUUGUGACAGAUGACUUUAUGAUUUUUUGGAAUAUGAAUAAUAUAUUAGUACAUAUUUUAUUACAUUAUAGCUAUUAAUGUAUAUUUUGUAUUUAUAAUUUAAGAUUUAUGAGUCUGUAAUUUAAUUCCAUCACAUACAUGAAAGACCUUCUCCUAACAAUACAUUAAAAACAUUCCUGGACGAAUUUUUGCUUUGUAGUAAAGUAAAAAAUGUCAUGUCAAAGUUCAAAAUGAAAUAUGUAUUUGUAAGACUUGCAGUUUUACUUUUUGUUUAGUACCAAAUAAUCUCUGGAUGAUUAUUACACUUGGUUGUUACUUUGUCCCUCAAAAGUUUCUUCUUAUCUCUUGCUUCCUUCAUUAUUUUGUGUUUAUUUUUAGAAAAAUUAUCUAUGAGAAUAUACAUAUCAUAAUUUGCAAUAUAAAAGAUGCUUUGGCUCACAGGAUGAACCUAAUUUCAGCAUAUAAUGCUUCAACAAAAUUUAAGUUUUGUAGUUUUUGAAUUGAAACAUAGCAGCCUGAGAUUGUAAGAUGACAAAGAUGUGCAAGAGAGGUACAGAAUGUGAGUGUGGAAGGAGUACUCAGAAAUGGCAAGAUUGACUGUUGGAGUAUUUGGGGUAAUAGGAGUUGGGGUUUAGGGAAAGGAACUAGAACAAAGAAGGAUGAGCGAGUGGACAAGAACAACAGGAGGAUCUUCUGUUUUGGUCACUUUAUCACUACUUUCUGGGAUAGGCAUCAAAAUUCAUUAUAGUAGAUGAAAUGUAGACCAUACUUUGUCUCAAUGAAAACAGAUUAAAUGAAGAGGAAUGAUUUGAAUCUAAACAUGAAAAUAUUCAAGGUGCAAAAUCAGUUAUAAAAUACAAAAACAUUAAAGGUCUAGUUUCUUGUUAAUUGCUGAUCAUAGUGCAAGCCUCAGUCUUUGGUGGUGAAAAACUAAUGUUUGAAGAAAUGGAAAAUUCUGUAAAUGAAGAGGUAGGAAUUAUGAUGUGCAGAAAUUGUAAGAUUAAUUUUAGAGUUGCAUAUAAAUAUCCUUUCCAUCUAUAUAGUACUAGAUUGAUGUUCCUGCAAAGUGGAGAAGCUGAGACAAGAUACUUGCACACACACACACACACACACACACACACACACACACACACACACACACACACACACACACACACACACACACACACACACACACACACACACACACACACUGAGACUAAAUAAAAAUCCAUCUUUCUCCUUGGCUCAACACAGAACUGGUUUGUCCCUGUUCCACAUCCAAUUUGAUACACUGAUCAGACCAGAUGUAAGUGAACUUCCCUGUUUAUAGGUGGAUGAAUGCAUACCUGUAUGUGUGUGUGCAUUUUGUUUUUGCUGCCCACUUUGCUGAGACAUCAGCCUGUUAAGAUAGGUCUGAUUAUUUGAUGUUUUGAAUCUACAUACAUAACCCUAAAACUUGAGGUAUGAAUUAAAAGGUUAUUCAGAAUGCCUCCAAUGACCUCCAGUUACCAAGAGAAAGAUUGAUGAAAUUCAGAACAAUUAUUAUGUUAAAAUUUUCUGCUCAUUCCAUAAAUAGUUGUUAAGUAUACAUGUAAGUUAUCUUAGAUGGUGCUAUUGUUAUUCUGAAUCAGCAUUCUGGAUUCAGUGGUUAUAUUUUUCUUUGAUUUACCUGUAUGUUUGUCCCUACUAGCAGAACUACACUGCUAAGUUCCUGUUCUGUGUGUUUAAGCAUUUAUUCUGAUAUUCUGUUACACACAUACACACACACACACACAUGCACACACACACACACACGCACACACACACACACACGCAUAGAUAUGGAACAAGUAAGAAGUUGAAUCAUGUUUAUUUUUAGGUCUGAAGUGGCCAUUCCUUUGUAACAGUAUAGCGUUUAUGGUGUAAGAAAAUAGCCAUGUUGAAUUUGCCUGAGAGUAUUUUGUAGUUAUAACAUUAGCAAUUAAUGUGGCCACGAAGAUCCAGGAGAUUGAUAUCUACAGGAAGUUACUUACUAGCAAACCAGGAAGACAAAUUGCCCAAGCAGAGGUGGCAAGAGUCAUGAUGUUCUAUGCUUCCAGACACAUUUCCUGCCAUGCUUCCGGUACAGGUAGUCACAAUCAGUUUUACAAUUUUAUAGGAAGCUCAAGAUGAAACAUUUGGUCACUCACUGUUUUCAUCCUCUGUAUGACUUGUCAGCUGCUUAUAAUUGUGGAAGGAUUGAAUGUCUUUUUGAUAAUUAGUAUAAUAAAGAGUUAUAUA